AUGUAUGUUGGAAAGUACAGAGGCAAAUAUCGACAUGAAAAUGAUAUGAGUCGUGUGCUGCAGCGUGCUUGGGAUAAUGGCGUGUCGAAAAUCAUUAUUACGGCUGGGAAUCUAAAACAAUCACGAAAAUCUCUUGAGUUGGCAAAACAGGAUCCUCGCUUAUAUUCAACGGUGGGAGUUCACCCGACUCGUUGCAGCGAAUUUACUGAAGAAAAUCAAGACAAAAUGAUGGAAGAGUUGAUUGCUGUGGGGAAGGAAGGGAAAGCGCAGAAGAAGAUUGUGGCUGUAGGAGAACUCGGUCUAGACUAUGAUCGACUAUUUUUCUGUAAUAAGGAGGCGCAGCAGAAGUAUUUCCGGUUCCAAUUCAAGCUGAUCCGCGCACUGGAUCUUCCGCUAUUCCUCCACGAGAGAAACUGCAUGGAAGACUUUUUGGAGAUUCUGAAGGAAGAAGAUCCAGAGCAUCAUCUUCGCGGGUGUGUUCAUUCUUUUACUGGAACGAAAGAGGAGGCGAAGAAGAUCCUGGACGCUGGAUUUUAUAUCGGGUUUAAUGGCUCUGGAAUGCGUACCGAAGAGAGCCUGGAGGUAAUUAAGUCGGUUCCUCUCGAGAAAAUGCUUCUCGAUACUGGUUUUUGUUUGUUAUACGUGUUAACAGCAGAUGGACCCUACUGCGGAAUCUCCUCGACACAUGCUGGAUAUAAGUAUGUCAAGACUCACUUCCCCGUGAAGAAGCUUGAGAAAUAUGACCCAGAUAGCUUGGUGAAGGGGCGGAACGAGCCGUGCUGCAUGAUACAAGUGUUGGAGGUCGUGGCUGGAGUACACGGAGUACCUGUGGAAGAAGCGGCUUCAGUUAUUUAUAAGAACACGCAAGAACUGUACUUUCCUUGGGAAUUAUGGUGUGUUUGUUAUAGAAUUCCUGAUCGAUGUUCAAAAAGCUAG